AGACCUUUCCAGCCGGCGUCAUCAUAAAAGCUAACUCGAAGGGAUGGAUGAAGAAAAGAUGAGCGAGUGGUUAAGGUAUUUAUUCAAGUGGGACACCACUGAAGGCCGAGGUGUGAAAUGCCUGCAAAGGAAGAGUGAUGAAAAGCGAUUCAGCGCCUUUGACUCCUGUCAGUUCCAACUCUGUCAGUAGAGAAUCUUUGUGAGACAAAGUUGUCUGCAAACCCAGAAGAAGAAGAAGAAGAAGGAUUUAUAUGAGUUGCAGCAGUGGUGAGCCGCGAUGGAGGACGCCUACAGACAACUUCACCAGGAGUUUGUGCGCCUCAGAUCACUUUGUCUCAGGCAGGCUGCUCUGUUGCACCAACUCAUGGCAGCCCUGCAGAAAGAGAAAGGUGUUCCCGACGGAGUCCUUUCUGUCCAGUGUCUCCAGGAAAUCCCGCGGCCUUUCCAGGGACCACCGAUAAGAGCCCUGAACCCUGCGACACCAUCUGACAUGAACAUGUCUCACCUGCUGACUGAAGAUUUGUCCAAGUUCUGCUUGAAGUUAUCUGAUGGCAAAACAGAGGAAAAGAAGUCUUCAAACCAGUGGUCAUGUGAUCCUUGUGGUGCAGCCGAGGGCCACCAAGACUCAAUGAGGAUGCUGCUGACAGACCCACGGACCCUCGCUGUUGACCUUCCCAGUCUGUCGGGCAGACUGCAGAUGUCCGACGUAACGCUGCAGUCCUACGUGUGCGACUUCUGCCAGGCAGUUUUUCCCGGACAUACGACCACCAGGGGAGACUUCCUGCAGCAUCUCCACAACCAUGUCACGUAGUGGCCUACCAGCUCAGAAACGAUCAACAUGUUGGAGGAAGAAAACCAACAAAUACCAUUUUCUUUUACCGUAUUUUCCGGACUAUUUUUCUCAAAACUCGACAGUGCGCCUUAUAACCCGGUGCCUAAUGUAAGGAAUAAGUUUGGUUGAGCUUACCCACAUUGAAGCUAUUUUAUUUGGUACAUGGUCUAAUGAUAAGUGUGACCAGUAGAUGGCAGUCAAACAUAAUAUAUAAGUGUAGCCUGCAAUAUGACUCAGGUAAACAACACCAACAUUUUAUAUGUUCCAUUAAAAAUAUAGAACAUUACAAACGGUGCUCGAAAAUGUUCCAAAAUGUUUUAGUACGACUUUGGUAAGCUAUGAAGCCGCACCGCUUGAUGUGCUUCAACAUACAAGUAUUAUUAUGUAUAAGGUAAGACAUAUUAUCUGGCGUUUUGUUUCGCAAUAUUAUGCAAAAGCAACUUUUCUUACCUUCAUUUAAGUUGAUCCUUUUCCCUACCUUCGUUGACGAACCUUGGAACAUGGAUUUUUUAUUCACUGGUGACCAGAGACGAUCCUUUUGAUGCUCAGCGCAAGUGCACUCGUACUUUGUGGACGCCGUCUGCUCCACAUUUCCUGUAACUGUUUUGCAUUUUGUUUUGUUUUCGUCAUAGCCUGUCCGGUCAGAGCACUUCCCUGUUGCUGUCGCUUUUAAAAUAAAAUCACAACAACCUC